UUUAAAAAAAUAUUUUUUAGAAUUAAAAAAUAAAAUGGAAGAAUUCCCUGUAAUUGCCCACCGUCCUUCCUCAUUCCUUAGAUUUUCGGCAUCUUUCUUUAAAUUUCCUGUUUUCUUUCGACGUUCAAGAGGUAGUUCAACAAGAAGCAGCCCUAUAUCCAGGUUUUUCUUUAAAUUAAGAACAACAAAUUUAUUUUCAAGAUUAAUAAGUCCAAGAGAAACUCCCUCAACAAGUUCUAUAUCUCCAAUGGUUGAAUCAGUAACAAGUUUGCCAACUGUAUUAAAUGGUAGUUUGUUAACAGCUUCAGAUAGUACUCGACAUAAACCUCUGCUUAGACCAGAAGAAAUUAAAUUGGUUGCACAGACAUUGAAAAAGUUGAGAAGAGGAUUAUUUUAUAAAAUUAAUUUUUUAAAAAUAUUUUGUAGAGCCCUUCAAACAGUUGAUUUUGGAAAUGAAAUUGUUAUUCGACUUUUAAAUGAUAAAAGAUCUCUAUACAAAAGUUUAUUGGCUAGAUGUGCACCACAAGCACACGAAAUUGAAGUUUUUGAUGUUCAAAGUUUAGCACGUUUUUGUCCGAGAGCUGUGCAAGUUGGGAAUGGAGUUACUCGAUUUUUUGAACGUAUAGUAAUUGCUUUAGAAGAUGAAUAUCAAAAUAUAAUAGAAUUGGAAGAAAAAUUAGCAGAAAUGUGUAGAGCUAAUGGACAAAUGCAUUACAGAAUGAAAGUUUGGUUUCAGGCAGAAAAUUGGUUAUGUGUUAAACAUUCUGUUGUUGAUACUGUUUUAAUGGCUAAUUCUAAUUUAAAAAGGGGGAAACAAAUUUUUGCUAGAAGUGCUGGAGAUCUUUAUGGACUUACAAAACAAAAAAAUUGGUUAAAUUGUGUUGAGACUUUGGAACACUGUAAAAAUGAAAAACAUUCAAUUGGGGUAGUUUGGAUGAAAUUAAUGCAAGCAGUUAUUGCUUGGAUGAAACAGGGAUUUCUUGAGGCAGCAAUGUCUAGCAAAGAAGAACAUGAUGAAGAACUUUAA